AACUAAUUUUCAUUUUUUCUCAUUCUCUCUUUCAGCCUGUGGUGUGUGUGUGUCUGUGUGUGUGUGUGUGUGUGUGUGUGAGAGAGAGAGAGAGAGCGAGAGAGAGAGACAGAGAGAGACCGUGUGUUUCGAUAGAGAGCUCUUCCAUGCGACAGCCACGAAUCGCCGCCCCUGGGGGGAGGAGAGCGGCUGUCUCCGGGUGAAAGGGGUGGGCCUCCCACUGCCUUUUGUAUAAGAGGCGGACGGCCGAGGCCUGCUGAGGAUGAACGCGGCACCAUCCUGUCACUUGUCGGCAGCGUAGGAACCCCUCUCCGGAAAAUUCACGAGACGUAUAUGUGCCGCACGGCCUCGCCGCUGCAGAAGACUCGGACGAGACGCGACGCGAGGCCUCCGGUCAGCGGGCUGCAGCACAGCUGGAUUCUUGGCACCAGGAAAAAAUCCCAUCUCUAAGAGACGGCUGCAGAUAUUCUUUUUCUCACUGAUCUGUCACUUGUGCCAAAGGUGGCCGCGCAGCUUAUUACUAUUAUUAUUAUUAUUACCGUGUAAAGCAGAGCACUCGUCUCUGCUACCUUUGCCUCCCGCAACCUUUGACCCGACAUACAACCAGGAGAGCGGUGUGCCGGAGCACCAACCAUGCACUUGAAAACCAUGAAAUGGAAUCGCCUCUGUCUCAUCGGCUACACGGAGGACCAGGAGGUGUUCACCAGGCCCGAGGCCCAGGUCAGCUUCGAGGCACUGUUCCGCUCCUUCGACAGCAGUGUCACGUUCCAGUUCUUCAGGAGCUUUCGACACGUGCGCAUCAACUUCAGUAACGCGUUGGCUGCCGCAGAGGCCCGAGCGAAGCUGCACAACAGCGCAUUUAACGGCAAGGUGCUGCGCUUACAUUUCGCCCAGUACGUAUAUAUAGGAAGCCCUCGACUGGCACCCCCGAAGCCAGAUAAACAGUUCCUCACAUCCCCUCCUGCAUCACCCCCUGUGGGCUGGGAGCAGGUGCAGGACGCAACGCCCGUCAUCAACUACGACCUUCUCGGUGCCAUCUCAAACCUGGGUCCAGGUGAGAAAUACGAGCUCCACACUGGGACUGCCACCACCCCAAGUGUGGUCGUACACAUCUGCGGAGGUGACCAGCUGAAUUCUGAAGGCCAGGAGGAGGGGAAGCAAUGCCCUUCCAAAAUCAUUCAGACAAAGCUCCCUGACUACGUGCCCUCAGCCGUGCACUGAAUCUAUCCCACAGACGGCAGGUUAAAACACAGACCUCAACCCAGCAGUGGGAAGGCCUGCAACUGAGAUCCAGCUGAAAUGCUAACACUACUUACUGCCACAACAGGAGCUUUUCCAUAGCAUCUCUGCAUUUGGAUCAAAUCGGCACUAGCGAAAGGACAGUUCUUUUUUGCCGACUUACUGUUAAUACUUCUCUAUCUUGCAUGCAAAACACAAAGAUGAUGCAUGGGAUUGAAUGGAGAGGUGGGUGCUGACUGAGUGUUUCGGAUGAUGAUUCCUCACUUGCGUGACGAGAUCGUGGGAUUCCAGGAGGGGUCUGAAUGGAAUCAGGGAAAGGACUUUUGCUGGUGGUAGAUUUAUGUAUUUAUGUGACAAAUCCUAGAUGUCUGUACAGAUUACACGUUCAUUUUAAUGAAAAGCUGCAGCUGCAAAAAGAUCAGCUGAAAAUGGCAUUUAGAAAACACCUUUUUUUUAAAACAGAUCUUACUCAUACUUUCUGUACUCCACACAACAGAAGAACUUUUUAAAAUUAUUUUACACACUUUUGUACCCGCAGAACAAUUCUAGUAAGGUUCAAGUAAUGCAUUUGGAGUUCUAACUCAUUUUGUCUAAUACUAAAAAAUAAAAUAGAUGUACUGUAAAGAUGUUUAGAUGAAUAGUUUGCAUUGGAAAUGUAUGAAAACAUUUGGAUUUAAUUACUCUGUAUUUUAGAGUCUAGCAAUGGUGUGUGCAUUCUGAAACAUGUGCAAUACGCUUGAAGUAAACAGCCAAUCAGAUAAAA